AGCCAUAUUUAUGAGGGUGAUCCAUAAAUGUUUGCCCAAGUGACUUAAAACAAACAUUGCUUCACUGAAAGCGGAUGAGGCCGGCAAAUCUCCUUAAAAGGAUCAUAGGAGACUGCUCCAUGAAAAGAAGGAGAAGUAAAAACAAAACCCAAACCUCAGAGGACUGACAGUUCUACCAGCCACAUGCUGUGUUAGGACUCCUCUCUGACCUUUGAUUUUCUCAGGGUUUUUCUCUAAGACCUUAAUGCAAGGGUGUCUUAAACUCUUGGCAAUCAUCUACAAUAUGGAAGGUAGCCCAGGGGAGCACCCAAAGGGCAGAAUCCAGGACCCGUAGCCCCGACUUCUGAUUCAGUGGUUUCCUGAAUGGGCCGUGCCCCCACCCCACUCCCCGGGUCACCUCCUGGGGACAGGUUAACAGCAGCCUCUUCUAGGAUGCCAGGAUGCUGUUGGUCUCCAUGACAACAGAGUGUGCAAAACGAAGAGACCAGCAAGCAAGUGGUGUCAUCCUCCGAAACCAAAACCCCCCACUCCCACACAGGCGCGGUGCCCUGGACGCAGGAAGUGGAAUUCUUCUGGGAAAGCGGCUGACGUCGUCGGCUGCCUCUACCCCAGCCCUGGCAGGCGCUGAUGCAAGCGUCGUUGCGCGCCUGCCGGGAGGCAGACAACCUCGGGGAGAGCUGGCACGGCGCUCCGUCUUGUUCCCUUCCGGCCACCCCGCCCGGUUUUCCCUGCGAGGAGUCAACAGCUCCUGGGUGGUUCCCCACCGAAAGGCACAGUGGGGGAGAAAUGUGUCUUUGCCCAAAUCAGUUCCUCCUUCUUUCUCUUUCAGAUCUUCCCGGGAGAAUCAGAGCAUCCCCAUCGGGCCACGACUGAGUCAACGUGAAGGGCUCUGGGUGCUCCCAGUCGCUCGCUGGGGACGCUCAGUUACCUGCGAUACCAAGUACCAGCUGGUGCCAAGGAAACCGCCCGGUCACGAGGGAACCUUGUGUCUAGAGGAGGCAGCCGUGAAGGGCCGCUGCGGGGAAAGUUGUACACCCAGGGCCGGUCUCCAUCGCCCCCUGCUGGUCAAACAACAGAGCCAGCUCUAAAGUGCUCUUCGGGACCCCCAACCAGGAACGUGGGGGUGGGCGGGUAGGUGGCCUGGGGCGAGGGGCUGCACCGUGAGCGAGCAGUCGCCUCACAAAACAGA